AUGGCUCUAUUCAGGAUCACAUCCACAAAACUUAUUGAUAUACAGAAAACAUGCCCGACAGCGACGAUACUGCUGCGAAACUUAAGUGCGGAACAGACGAAUCUUAAAAGUAUCCUACAGGAGAAGAUCCCCAAAGAACAAGAGAAGAUCAAGGAAUUCCGUAAGAAACAUGGAUCCACCAAAGUCGGCGAAGUCACCGUCGAUAUGAUGUACGGUGGCAUGAGAGGCAUCAAGGGUCUCGUUUGGGAGACGUCUGUAUUGGAUCCUGAUGAGGGCAUCCGUUUCCGUGGCCUCUCAAUCCCCGAGUGCCAGCAGCAGCUGCCAAAGGCCAAGGGCGGUGAGGAACCAUUACCAGAAGGUCUCUUCUGGCUCUUAGUGACCGGUGAAAUACCCACCGAGGCUCAAGUUAAGGCUAUUUCCAAGGAGUGGGCUCAAAGAGCUGAACUUCCCGCCCACGUGGUGACCAUGUUGAACAACAUGCCAAGCAAGUUGCAUCCGAUGUCACAGUUCUCUGCUGCUGUAACAGCCCUCAAUAGCGAGUCAAAGUUCGCGCAGGCUUACUCCGAGGGUGUUCACAAGUCCAAAUAUUGGGAGUAUGUGUACGAAGACUCGAUGAACCUGAUCGCCAAGCUGCCGGUUAUAGCCGCUACCAUCUACCGCAAUACUUAUCGCGAUGGUAAAGGCAUCGGUGCUAUUGAUGACAACAAGGACUGGUCAGCCAACUACUGCACCAUGUUGGGCUUCGACGAUCCCCAAUUCACAGAGCUCAUGAGGCUAUACCUCACGAUCCACAGUGACCACGAAGGCGGUAACGUGUCUGCCCACACCACUCACCUCGUGGGUUCGGCUCUAAGCGACCCCUACCUUUCCUUCGCUGCUGGUCUAAACGGACUCGCUGGACCUCUACACGGACUUGCCAACCAGGAGGUAUUGAUCUGGUUGGAGAAACUCCGCAAGCAGGUCGGUGAUAACUUCACAGAGGAAGGUCUUAAAGAGUUCAUUUGGAAGACACUUAAAUCCGGUCAAGUUGUGCCCGGAUACGGUCACGCCGUGCUUAGGAAGACUGACCCCAGGUACACCUGCCAACGCGAGUUCGCCCUGAAGCACCUUCCCAACGACCCUCUGUUCAAGCUUGUGGCAGCGGUGUACAAAGUCGUGCCUCCAAUUCUAACUGAGCUCGGCAAGGUCAAGAACCCAUGGCCAAAUGUCGACUCACACUCCGGUGUGCUCUUACAGUAUUACGGUCUGAAGGAGAUGAAUUACUACACUGUGAUGUUCGGUGUGUCUCGUGCCCUUGGUGUGUUGGCUCAGCUGAUCUGGUCCCGUGCUCUCGGUCUGCCCAUUGAACGCCCCAAAUCCCUCAGCACCGACCUCCUCAUCAAACAGAUCGGCAAGUAA